CUAUCUGCAUUUGCUUGUGUUAUGCAGGAAUGAUGUUCCCCUCGUUUGGAAAUGAGUUUAGAGAACCGGGCAUGGACAGCAGAAACGAUAAUGCUCUGCACCCGUUUGGUUUGUUAUUAUCUGAGCUAGAAGGAAAUUAUGCAAGACGCGACCAACAGCCAUCUGACCACAUCAGCAUAAACACAAACUAUAGAGCCGGAAGAGCUAGCCCAUUUGGAACCCUCGAGGGUUCGGCUCACAUUUCCGAUACUUGGCCAAAUAUUAACCAAGAAUCUAUUCUCGAAAACCUCAUUGUAUUGAAACAACAGCAGCAGAUUCAACGCGAACGUGAACGUGAAGCCCAGCUUCAACAACAGCAACAGAGGCUCCAUAUGCAGCAAAUAUACAGACAGGAAAUGCAGAGGCAGUCUCUUAUCGAACAAAUGAUACAGAACCGUAAAGAAGAAGCUGCCCUCGAGCAAAUUUUAUUGAAGAAGCAGCAGCAGCAACAGAAUUACUUGUAUCAAGUGAAACUCAAUCAAGUGGAUCUAUCGGAGCUUGUCUCACGAGCAAAGUUUAAUCAUCAUCCUGAAGAUGAAAUCAAUCAAUUUCAUCGGAUGGCAGCCCGCCCUCAUACUGCGGGGCUGAGCCCGUUGGAUAUUUACCACCAUCAGCAGCAUCAACAACAACAACAACUGCAAAUGCCAAGGGAAAUGCAAAUGAAUUCUGUUGAGAGGCGAUGGCAGGAAGGAAACGAGUGGAAUGAUUCACACGUUCGAGUAUUGCAACAACAAGAGAAGAAGAAGUGGGAGUCGGAAAUGAAUCAUUCUCUUCCGAUGUAUGAAGAUCCUACGAGUUUAUGGAUGUCUGCGGGUGCUGUGGAUGAGGAUAGUUCCAAGACAUUACUUAUGGAAUUGCUCCACCAGAAACAUGAUGGACUAGGAUCUUACGCGGGAGUGUCCAAUGUUGGUGUAACCCAUGAAAAGGAAAGUGGCAACCGCAAAUCUGAUAUGAAUGUCUUGGAUGACACGGCAGACCACUACAGACACAACCACCGAUUACUGUUUGCUGGUGGGGCAGAAAAUGUAAGGAUGAAUGAAGGAAAGGGGUAGUAAUGGUAUAAGGAAGGGGAAGGGUUAAGACGAUAUAAUAGUAAUAGCGUUGAUACAACAUCGUUUAGCGAGAUGUUGAUCAGAAGUAAUAGUAAUAAUAUGAAGAAGGCUGUGGCGGGGCAAAGUGAGGAUGGGGUUGGAGGAUCGGAGGUGGGGAUGGAAAUGGGGAAAGGUGGUGGUGGUGGUGGGGGUGGUGGGAAGAAGAAAGGAAAGAAAGGGAGGCAACUUGAUCCGGCUCUUCUUGGAUUUAAGGUGACAAGUAAUCGAAUUAUGAAGGGUGAAAUUCAAAGGAUAGAUGAUUAACACACUCUCUAGUCAUUCAUUUCCUCUUUUUUUAUUUGAUUUGAUUUCUAGUGUAUAUUAUUACAUAAUAGGAUAUAUAUAUAUAUAUAUUGGUGUAGUGUAUUAUUACUUACCACCUACAGACUACUUCAGUUGAGGAGCAGCAGCUAUACAUACAAAGUGUAGAGAGCAUUUUAUUUCAU